UUGUGUUCUUCGAUUUCUCCAUUUUAGUGGGCCUCUAACACCGCCACUGGAUAAUUCUGGAGAUUUAUACGAUAUCUCUCAUACGCUAAUCAAAGGUUCAAAUUGACUUCUCCAUCACACACAUACACAAACUUCACGUUACUUCUCAAGAACAAGAACUAGAAGAAACCUAACAUUCCAGACGGGUCUGAUCUGGUUUCUCAAGUCCGGUACUGAUCCAAUUGAGAUUCGGAUCUGAAGAUCCGAAUUAUUCAGACGGAUCAACUGAAGAAAAAAUGAAUCUUGAGAUUGUUUUGGGAUUGACCAGUUUUGAGUACUGGUUUAACUGGAGAGUGUUACUUUGUGCGAUAUGGGUAAUAACACCAAUGAUUGUUUCUUUAUUCGUGUUAUGGAAGUACGAGGAUAGUUCAGUACAAACUCAACCACCACAAGAUGGUCGUGAUGGUGAUGUUCUGUGCAUUGAUGAUGUUUGGAGACCUUGUUUUAAGCGGAUCCAUCCGGGUUGGUUACUGGGUUUCCGGGUUCUCGGGUUUUGCUUUCUUCUUGUUAACAACAUUGUCCGUCUUGUUAACCGUGGAUGGCGUAUUUACUACUAUUACACUCAGUGGACAUUCACGUUGAUAGCAAUCUACUUUGGGAUGGGAUCAUUGCUUUCAGUUUAUGGGUGUUUUCAAUACAAGAAGCAACGUAACAUGGUUGAUCAAGUAGGAAAUGAUGCAGAGAUCGGGUUUCGUUCUCCCCUUAUUAACGGGGACAAAUUGGUUUCGUUCGAGAAGAGUAAAACUUCUGAUUCAAAAGCACUAAACUCAUGUGUCCAUCUCUUCCAGAUUAUAUUUCAGAUGGGUGCUGGAGCAUCUGUGCUUACAGACAGUAUAUAUUGGACGGUGAUUUUCCCGUUUCUGUCUUUACAGGACUAUGAGAUGAGUUUUAUGACUGUGAAUUUGCACACGAGCAACCUCGUUUUGCUGCUUAUUGACACAUCUCUUAACCGUCUGAAAUUUCCCUUGUUCAGGUUCGCUUACUUCAUCUUGUGGACAGGAUGUUUCGUUCUUUUCCAAUGGAUUCUCCAUGUUUUUAUCUCAGUAGGGUGGCCAUAUCCAUUUCUCGACUUGUCAUUAGGCAUGGCUCCAGUAUGGUAUUUGUUGGUAGCACUACUGCAUAUUCCUUCUUAUGGCGUAUAUGCAUUAACCGUCAAGAUCAAAAAUAGACUCAUUACCUGAAGACUGAAGUGACUUCAAAUCCAAGAGGUUUUGCCUCGUAAGAGUCAAUUUCUCGCUUCAUUUCGAUGGUUACAAGUUACAACAGUGAAAGAAAGAAAGAAACAGAAAUUUUUACCCCAUAUGUCUAAAAACUUCAGAACAGAUCAAUGUAAUUGCCACAGUUUUCAGAACAUUUCCAAUCGUUUUGUCCAUAAAUAAAAAUUCUUUAUCGCCAA